AUGACUUCAAGAAUAGCUAUUCAAUCUGUUAAAGCAUUAAGAACUCCAACUAGUUACAGAAAUGUUGCGGUUGUAUCAAGAAUCCCUGUUGCCAACUAUUCAAUUGUAGGAAAGACAAAAGAUGUGUUACUGAAAGCAAAUAAGAAGAUUGGGGAAGCUGCUGCUGAAGGUAUAAAUAAAGCUGAAAAGGUGACGCCUAGUGGAUCUGCAACCGAAAAAGUAGCAGGUGCUGCUGAUACCGUUAACAAGAAGAGCGGAAAAGUUUUGGCAGACGGCAUUGACAAGGUUGAUGCUCUUGCAACAAAGGAGAGGCGUCGUGUAGAAAAGAACACGAAAGGCUACAAGGAUUUACAGGACAAGGGUUCUAAAGCUGAGAUUGAGCAAAACCGUCCGGAUGAUUUCUAUUGA